GGGCACUUUCACUGCUUUACUUCAGCCCUUACAUUAGCACACAAGAAAGGCUACAGACUACAGAGUUAUACCAUAUUUCACCUCGGAUAGAGCGUGCGCUUCUGCAGUUUCUCAAGUUCAACAGUUGAUUUAUGAUAGCAGAAACCCUCCUUCCUCCAAGCUCUUCCGCGGUCACCUUAAAGUAACACCGAGUUAUGCUAUGCCUCACAGAAAAAAAACACAAAUGUCACGUCAGUCAUUUGAUGACCGGGGCAAGAUAAGGUGUCUCUGAUUCGCUGUUGUCCUCACAUGAAUUGCAGAACUGUACUUGCACAGAAGAGACCGUAUAUUCACUCUCUGGCGCAAGUGAGCAUCUGCAGUCGAUUGCUUACGCCUGCUUCUACCAUGGCUGAUGCUGAGGAUAAUGUUUCAAUUCCCGGGUUCAACAACCUUCUCCAAAUGGACGCGUACCUCAAACCGUACGAAAAGGACUUCCAAAGGAGGUAUCAGCUGUUUCAAAAACAGCUGUCCCUCCUGCAGGAGGCCGAGGGGGGCUUUGAUAAGUUCUCCAGGGGCUACAACAGCCAUGGCGUGCACCGGGAGCCCGACAACACCCUGGUCUUUAAGGAGUGGGCCCCCGCCGCCGAGGCUCUCUUCCUGACUGGAGACUUCAAUGGAUGGGACAAGUUCUCUCACCCUUACAACAAGCAAGACUAUGGGAAGUGGAAGUUGAUAAUGCCACCAAAAGAGGACGGCUCUCCAGUAGUUCCCCACGGAACCAAACUCAAGGUGGUGGUUCACACUAAGGAUGGGGAGCGGCUGUACCGAAUCUCACCUUGGGCCAAGUACGUGACUCAAGCGGAGAAGGAGGUCAUCUAUGACUGGGUGCACUGGGACCCCCCGCAGCCCUACCGGCACAAACAUCCACGGCCGAAAAAGCCCCAAAGCCUGCGGAUUUACGAGUCCCAUGUGGGGAUUGCCUCACCAGAGGGGAAAAUUGCAUCUUAUAGUAACUUCACAGCCAAUGUGCUCCCUCGAAUCAAAGACCUCGGGUACAACUGCAUCCAGCUGAUGGCCAUCAUGGAGCAUGCCUACUACGCCAGCUUUGGAUACCAGAUCACCAGCUUCUUUGCUGCGUCCAGUCGCUAUGGUACUCCAGAGGAGCUGAAGGAGCUGAUUGACGUGGCCCACUCGCUGGGCAUCAUUGUGCUGCUGGACUGCGUCCACAGUCAUGCCUCCAAGAACGUCGAGGAUGGCCUGAACCGCUUCGACGGCUCCGACGCCUGCUUUUUCCACGCAGGGACGCGCGGCGAGAACAAGCAGUGGGACAGCCGACUCUUUGACUACUCCAGCUGGGAGGUGCUGCGUUUCCUGCUCUCCAACCUGCGCUGGUGGAUGGAGGAGUAUCAGUUUGAUGGCUUCAGGUUUGACGGCGUGACCUCCAUGCUUUAUCACCACCACGGCAUCGGCGUGGGUUUCUCAGGGGACUACUCAGAGUACUUUGGCUUGCAAGUGGACGAGGACUCACUGGUGUACCUGAUGCUGUCAAACCAUAUGCUGCACACCCUCUACGAAGACUGCGUCACCAUCGCAGAGGAUGUGUCAGGGAUGCCAGCGCUGUGUCGGCCGGUGACCGAGGGCGGCUGUGGCUUUGACUACCGGCUGGCCAUGGCCAUACCUGACAAGUGGAUACAGAUCAUCAAAGAGUACAAAGAUGAGGACUGGAACAUGGGCAACAUUGUCUUCACGCUGGUCAACCGUCGCCACGGGGAGAAGUGCAUCGCCUACGCCGAGAGCCACGACCAGGCCCUGGUGGGUGACAAGACGCUGGCGUUCUGGCUGAUGGACAAGGAGAUGUACACCAACAUGAGCUCCUUCAUCGCCAUGACUCCUGUCAUCGACCGCGGCAUGCAGCUGCACAAGAUGAUCCGGCUGAUCGUGCACGCCCUGGGGGGAGAGGCCUACCUCAACUUCAUGGGUAAUGAGUUUGGCCACCCCGAGUGGCUGGACUUCCCCAGGAAGGGUAAUAAUGAGAGCUACCACUAUGCGCGGCGCCAGUUCAACCUGGUGGAAACGGAGCACCUGCGCUACAAACAGCUCUACAACUUCGACCGCGACAUGAACCGCACCGAGGACAAGUACGGCUGGCUACACGCCCCGCAGCUGGAUUCAUGUCAGGAGCGUCUACCGCUGGGAGGGCUGCCGUCAGAGGAUGGCGUGACACUAACCACUGAGACAGCUUUUAUCAGUGAGAAACACGAAGGGGACAAGGUCAUCGUCUUCGAGAGGGCCAACGUACUUUUCGUCUUCAACUUCCAUCCCACCAACAGCUACCAGGACUAUCGUGUGGGUGUUGAGAUGCCGGGAAAAUACCGCAUCAAGCUGGACUCGGACAUGGAGCAGUACGGAGGGCACGGUCGGCUGGACCACAACACUGACUUCUUCUCCGAGCCCGUCCCCCACAAUGGCCGGCCCCACUCUAUGCAGGUGUACAUUCCCUGCAGGACAGGUCUGGUGCUGGCCAACGACGAGAUUGAUUACUUAUACUGAGGAAGCACAAUCACCACGUCGGUCCCACUGGAUGGAGGAACGAAUGGUUUGAAAAGGUUUAAAAUUGGCAAGAAAGCGUCGAGGGGCCUUCAUGUCUCCCCUUCCUCCUCUCCUUUAUCCCCCCACCACUAUGCUUCAGACCCAACAGGCUUCAUUUCCAUGGUCUAACAUUUACCCAGCCCAAGGCCAUGCACAAAUUAAUGUACAUGCUUUUUUUUCUUUUUUUUUGUUCAUUUGAAUUUGAAUGUGAGUGUUGAGUGUCACUCGACAAAGAGGAACAGGGUCAGGGCCAUGACAGUCCGCUCGCUCCCACAACCGAUUUGGUGCCAACUCGCUUGUCAAUAACUCUGUCCACUCGCUUGCCCCAGAGCGCGGCAUGCACAUUACAACUUAUUUGAAACCCCCCACCCACCCCCCGAUAUGCAAAUGAUUAGUGUUCGCUGGUUCGCCUGAUUUGGUGCCGUGAAGGGUGAACGAACACAUUGAGCAGGGCCGCUGACAGCUUUGGCCGGGACUGGGACAAAGUCAUCUGGAUGCCCCACCACCACCCACCCACCCACCCAUUACAUACCAUGUAAUGAGAACCCAAUUCUGUGUCUCCUCUCUCCCUGGGCCCAGGACAACUGACCUCUUUGUGCCCCACUGUCAGCAUUCCUGACAUGAAGGCUUGUGUGUGAUUUGUUUGCAAAGUCACACACUUUACUUAGAUACUUAACUUAUGCCACCUCCAUGCCCCCUCGCGGCACUAAUUGCUCAUACAGGUCCGUGUCUUUGGCCAGGCUAGCUGUGUGACAGUUAAAGUCACAUUAAGGAUGCAUUGUUGUUUGGGGUUGGGGACGCGCCAGCGAUGUGGACAACACCGGCGACUCAAAUUACUCCCUUGAGGUUUUUGUUGAUGGCCCUGAUUGGUCCGGGUGCAUUCAGUGGCUGUAAGCUAAAUUUAAAAAAAGCUGCAUUUUUCAUGAGGAUUUGUGGUAGAUUUUUUUUUCUUCUUCGUUUUUUUCUGCAACAAGCAACAGAUUUCUUUGAAAUCUGUUCGGCCUGACGUCAAGUGGAAUUUUGCAAGAUCAAUCAGUGCCAACCCAGUUUCUCGUCUGUCCUACCAACAGUUGUCUGACAGACCGUCAGAACAGAUUAGUAAUGAGCUUGCGCAAGAUUGCUCUGAUGAUGGAAACACAUUUUAAAGCAUCACACAAGUCCAAUUACAACUCACUUAAUCUCUCUCUCUCUCUCUCUCUCUCUCUCUCUCUCUCUCUCUCUCUCUCUCUCUCUCUCUCUCUCUCUCUCUCUCUCUCUCUCUCUCUCUCUCUCUCUUUCUCUCUUUCUGUGGUCUCUGUGUGCAACAGGAAAAGUAGUGAAAAAAUAACAAACAUAUAUAGCACAUACAUACAUUUUCUUUAUGGCAGAGACGUUAUAGGUUAUGGACUUUUUUAUAAAGGCUGUUAACCUUUGAUUUGGUUUCCGAUAGCAUGAUGGCAAUGGUGCCUCACAAUGCAAACUGUUCCUCCAGUGGAACAUUGUAAUUCUCUUAACUAUUAUUGCUCGUGUAGUGCCAUACUUAAAUACUAGCAGUACACUGCUACAACAUUACUCAGAGCAUUUAGGAAUACAUCAUGACUUAGUUACUGUAUUGCCAUUCUGUUAACAGCUAAUUUGUAACAGGAGGCAUGUCACAACAGAUCAAGAGGUCUACACUAAUAAUGAGGGGUAAAGGGCGCAAUGCCCUCAGGGGUUGCGACCAUACCGGAUAACUUAAUCAAAUUGCAGCUUUUACAGACAAGGUAUUAGUGGGCUGUAUAAUGGAGGUGGAUCAGAGACUAUCUGCAGUCAGAUGCACACAGCAACAGCUGGUGUGUGUGGAGAAGGAGGUGGAGAGCUUCAAUCACUCUCCCAUGGGCCAGAGUUGUUUAUCCUCUCUUAUUCUCUCUCUCCUGUCUGCUAUCACUUUCUCAUACUUUGGAUGGUGGCCCAUUCCCCUUUUCUUUGCAGUGGAAUGAGAGUUACUGGCUAGUCUUGUCUCUGGUAGAGAGCAGGUCAUUUCAUAUGACUUGCUGAGGGUCUUGGCCCAUCCCUGCCCUGCAACCCCCCCACCCCCUUGCCCUGCCCUGUACAGAGCUAUGGAGAGAGAAAAGAACAGACGUAGCGAGGUUGUGCGGUGAAGUUAUGACAUUUCUGUGGUGGUGGCGGGAAAAAAGACACAGAAUGGACUUGAGAUUGAACGAGUUGGCCUCUCCCCUUGUUUCUUAGCGGAGAUAGGAGAGAAAUUCAACACCGGUGUCCGCUCUGACCCAAACCUCAGAUUUUGUAGCGCCCAUGCCCUGAACAGCCAGACCAAAAUACACUUACACGGGCAAACAUCACUUGCAGAGACCUCGCCAAUGGCAACUUUUUAAAAUAAAUUUUAUAUAAAAUUUGGGUUGAAUUCGGAUACCACAGCUAAUACCAUGGAAAUGUGGUCAGUCGCUCAGACUCUUGCCCUUUAGUUUAUAAGUAACUGCCCUGAUACGUAGAUAUCAAUAAUCCCUAUGUAAUCAGUAAGAACGAACCUCACCUGACAGUCUCCAUCCAUUGAUUUCCUAAUUCAUUUGUUUAUUUUUUACUUUUAAUUUAAUAAUGUUUGCGUCCACCUUCACUGUGUUUACUACUGAUGAGAUAAUGCACCACUAUAGUUCACGUGUUGACCAGCUUCACUGUGUGUGUUUUUAUAUGUCUGCUGAUGUUUUGCCCUCUUCAAUGCAGCUUUUAAAUAAGGUCAGUAUUUGAAUACAGUACCAGGGACAUUACGGAAGUGUUUUUGUUUGUUUUAUUUCUAUUUUUUUCCUAUAUGAAUACCAUUUCGAAAAAGUUGGGGGAAUAUAGCAACUUUUACAUUCUUGCGUGCAAUUCAGUGUGAUCAGUGCACUUUGAAAUCUAAUGUAUUGUGAUUCUUUGUAUUCGUGGAAUGUGGAGGUUGUUGCGUAAAUUAUGAAGAUUGAUUUACUCUGCCUUAAUGUUAGACUAAAUCGGUUUGACAAUAUCUCGUUACCAUUUCUGCAACCCUCUGGGAAAAGCUGUUCACCUGGCAUCUGUUAUUAAAAAUAAUUCAUAAUAAUUAAUGGGGAAAGGGAAUUGGAAUGUGUAAACAAUAUAAUUAAGCUAUUUUUUUAAAUGAUCUAUUUUUAACAAAAGAAAAUCCCACUGAAUUUCAAAUACCUCUACUGGCAGGUUAAACUAAUUGCCUUGUUCUGUGUUGUGUUUUUAUUUGUGCGUUUCCAGGCAGCCUGUGAUAUCUAAUUCAUUUGAUGUUCAAUUUCAGUGUUAUGCGUUGAUGAAACAUGAUGUCUAAUGUAUUGCCCAUGCAUCGCUGUUGCACUUGUGUCGAGUCCAUCCGUCACUUUGAACCCCCAAUGUGUGUAUGUAAGCAGACGUCUUGGGAGGGGGUGUUGGCAAAGACGCUGGAAUUGUCUAAGUGUGUGUGUGUGUGCGUGCGUGCGUGCGUGCGUGCGUGCGUGCGUGCGUGCGUGCGUGUGUAUUAGUCCAGUCAAGAUGAGGCGCUGCGCCAGUCCAUCACGGGGUGUGUGUUUGUGUGUGUGAGUGUGUGUGUGUGUUCCCCAGCACAGCUUUGCUCAGCGUAGUGCUGUGCCUAACACAGAUAUGAGCUGCGAGCUACAGGAUCUGAUAGGCCGUCUGCUCUUGUCUCGUGCCAGCAUCCAUAACCAGCGAAUAUAAAGCUCCCCUGCUCAUCACAUCACACUACCCAUCACAUACAUCAUAUACAGUAUCCAUCCACCUCUAUGGCUAUGUGUUUCCAUCCCAAUCCCUUCCUCCCUCCUCCCACCUCUCCAGCUCUCCCCCUUCGCUCCUUCCUUCUCCCUCUCUAUGCAUCCCAGAUUUCCUCUCUCCCUCUCUCUAUCUGCCUCUACGUACAUACAUCCAUUUCUGUCACUUUAUCUCACUUUCUCUUCUUAAUCUCUGUCUUUCGUUAUCUCUCCCUUCACCACCCUACCCCACCCCUUUCUCUAUCCGUUUGUCCUCGCCUCCCCUCCCUACCAGCUGAUCCAUAGAGUCCCAAUGGAGAGGCCAGAUUAACUGCGUACAUAAAUACAUUAAAAUCAUUACCCGUAAACCCUAGCGUGACUUUCCCUGGGCGUCUGACGCUGCCACCCGGCCCCACCUGCCUCUAUCUUUCGUCUGUAUCCCUCUCCCUCUCCCUCUUUCUCUACUCUUUUUCUUACUUUUUCUCUCUCUGUCUUUUUAUUUAUCUCUCCAUAUUCUUCUCUCUCUAACUCAUUAGCUCUGUCUAUAUCUCUAUCUCUCCUUUUAUCUCUUUCUCUGUCUUUUUAUCUUGCUCUAUCUCGCUUUCUCUCUCUCUCUCUCUCUCUCUCUCUCUCUCUCCCUCCCUCUCUCUCUCUCUCUCUCUCUCUCUCUCUCUCUCUCUCUCUCUCUCUCUCUCUCUCUCUCUCUCCCUCCCUCUCUCUCUCUCUCUCCCAGCAGGUGUGAUCUCCUUCCCCUCCUCUCCUCUGUUCCCCUGGCUGCUGUGGUGUGUGGUGUUGUGCUUGGGGAGGAGGCAGAGGGCCCGAUAGGCUUUUCCGCUUUUGUAUCCCCGUUAAGCUCGUUAGCCGGCUAGAUCCUCAUUGCCGUGAUGCGCAGGCCCUGAUGGACUAGCAGAGGUGGGCCACUGGCGUCUACUGUGUGUGUGUGUGUGCGUGUGUGUGUGUGUGCGUGCGUGUGUGUGUGUGUGUGUGUGUGUGUGUGUGUGUGUGUGUGUGUGCGUGCGUGCGUGUGCGUGCGUGCGUGCGUGCGUGCGUGCGUGCGUGCGUGCGUGCGUGCGUGCGUGCGUGCGUGCGUGCGUGCGUGCGUGCGUGCGUGCGUGCGUGCGUGCGUGCGUGUGUGUGUAUGAGUGUCUACGUGACUCACAUCCAGCUGCUCAACCUUACCAGACUUACUCCGUCCUGUGGUGGCUUAGAGGCAAGAACAUUUUUGUUUACUUGUUUAGUUCAUUUUUGUUUUGUUUAGUUGUUUGUUUUUGGGAUUUUUGUUUGUUUGUUUUGUCUUCCUUUGUGCUGAGCUGCUUUCCUGUGGGUGGGUGGGUGGGUGUAGCCUACCAGUAGUGUGGCAGCUCCUAUCCCACUAGUGAGUUUUUCUUUUCUUUCUUUCUUUUUUUGCAUGGUGACCAUUACAUCCCAGAGGUCACGGCUAGUGGUCUCACCAAAAUAACUGUGGUUUCUUUUUUUUUCUUUUCAUUCAUGUCAGGUGAUGUUACAGGCUGAUGUGCCACGAAACUGUAUGUUAACGCAAACACGCAUUUGUAAUGACUGAAGAACAACAAAAAUACAAUAAACAAAACUGCAUACAA